CAACGCUUGUGAGUUGAGUUGCGAUUAGUAAAAUAAAAAUAAUAAUAAUAAUAGAGAUGUUUGGUUUAAGCUCGAGUCCCGUGUCAGCUUAGCUGUAGUAUACUGUAGUGUACUACUCCCAUCGUAUCAAUGGGGGCCUAUUACUGUGCCAUAUGUAGGCAGACAACGUUCACCGGGAAGGGACAUAUCUUCGGGAAAAGUCAUCAAAGCAGACUUAGAGUGGUUCUUCUCAAAUUCUUGGAAAAGGUGAAGGAAGCUCGUCGAACACUUAAAAAGCCCCAAGUUGAAAAGUUUGACUGCACACAGCCCAAGCAGACAUUCUGGUGCUACUGCUGUGGGCUCGAAGUUGAUAGAAACGUUACAGAUGGCAACAUGACUGUGCUGUACGGAGGGUUGUUGGAACACAUGGCCACCCCAGAACACAGGAAAAAUACACACAAGUUUUGGUGGGACAACAAGGCCGACCCCAAGCUUAGAGACAAGGUCAUCGUCACAGAGGAGGAAACUGAGAGGUUUAAAUCUGAGCUGGCAAAUGUGUUGGAAUCCUUUGUGGAGAAGGAGGAUGAAUUCAUUAAACAGCAAGCUGAUUAUAUCCGGACCCAGGAGAAGCAUCGUCAAGAGGUCCUUCAGUCUCUUUUAGAGCGUGACGCAGAGCCGGAGUUGUACAAUGGACCCAACGGCACAGACAUGUCUGCAGAGGAUUCUGUCAGCUCUCAGUUUCCAUCUCAGGGAUCAGACCAGCAGCCAGGUAGCAGCUUUGUGGACUCAGUGGUGGAAUCACCGUGGGCUGCAACAGGACAAGGCCUGACUUUUAUAGGCUAUCAGGAUUCAUCAAACAGUGGAAAUGUCCAUACAGGUGCCGUCCCUCCUUGGCUCCAGGACGAUCCUCUGGAGGGGACCUCCAAUUCUACAGCAAAUGUAGAGAUUGGCCCAUCGCUUCAAGAGUUCCUCAAACAGAAGGAGCAAGAGAAGCUGAGGAAGCUUCCACCAAACAGAGUCGGAGCCAACUUCGAUCACAGCUCACACACAGACGCCAACUGGCUUCCCUCUUUUGGUAGAGUCUGGAACAGCGGCCGACGCUGGCAGUCCAGGCAUCAAUUCAGACAAGAGGAAGGGCAGAAGAACAGACAAAAGAGGAAAAGGGAGCACAUCACAGACGGGUCAAAGAAAGCAAAAACGACUGAAAAGCCGACAAAUUCUGACACUUAAAACUGAGUAUGCUGUAUGAGAAUUUACGAGUGAAAGGAUGUAUAGAGUUUGUAAGAUGUGAAUGAGGUUUUAUAUGUUUUUUUUUGAGGAGUUGUACUUGGUUGAAAUGCUCAGGCUGACUAGACAGCCUCCUGUAUUUCCAAACUUACCUUAUUUAAAACAUAACUGGGAAAGUCUGCAUUAAAGAUAUUAACUUGGUAUAUUAAGCAGAGCUUAGGGGAGGUUUUUAUGUUAGAACAUUACCUUUGAUAAUUGCAUUUUUUUUUAAUAUAACAACUGCAUUGUACACUCAACACCACCCUGCUGCACAUUCAAAAGAUUAGACCAAAUUGGUCACUGAGCUGCUUUUUAAUCAAUUGACUGAAUAUCAGUGGCUUCAAUCAGAGACACAGAGAGAGAAGCCUCAUUGAAAUUCUUUUCCUGCCCACAUUCUUCCACCAAGUCCAGGACUCUGAUCUGUAAGUUAUGGAACUACAGCUCAUUGAGAUCUGAGGAUAAUGUGACUGUUCCAGCAGCUGAACAGCAGGGGGCGCAAGACACUCAACUAAAAAAAGGUCCUUCUGUGUGUUAAAAGAGUUGACAUAAAGGCAAUCUGUUGAAGCCAAUGUUUAGGUAACAACAUGGUAAAAAGCUAACUGGAUUAUACAUUUUAUUGAUAAAUGUCAGAUUUUUUUUUGUUGCUUUGUUUUUCACAUUUUUUUCUUUUCUCUCGCUCUCAGAUUCUGACCUAUCAGUAUUAUUUUGUAAACAACCGUUAGUGGUUAUACCCAUAAUGAGAGCAGUAGUUCUCAGUGUUUCUCUACAAUAAACAUCAGUUUUUUUUGCAGUGAACCUUUGUGCCAAUUGAUGAGCUUUCAUUUCCCUUUUCAGAUCAUGUUACGUGAUGAAUUACUGUGAAAGACUUAAAGGCUGCAUAUGCAAA